CGGGGCGCGGGGACCGAGGGGCCGCGCCGGGGAGGGGCGCUUUGUCUGCGCUCCGGCUCGGGCUCGGGCUCCAGCUCCGGCUCGAGCUCCAGCUCCGGCUCGAGCUCCAGCUCCGGCUCCCGCCUGCCACCGCCGCCGCCGCCUCUAGACUGGGAGGGCCCCGCUGGUCCCUGCGGAGCCCCCGAGCCUUGGGGCCUUGACCUGACUGCCCUGUCCCUAGCCCCCAGAACAUCAUGCUUUCAGCCAAGGAGAAGACCAAGGGUCCAAAGGACAGCAUGACACUCCUGCCGUGUUUCUACUUUGUGGAGCUCCCCAUUGUUGCCUCCUCCAUUGUGACCCUUUACUUUCUGGAGCUGACCGACCUCUUCAAGCCAGCCAAGGUGGGCUUCCAGUGCUAUGACCGGACCUUGUCCAUGCCCUAUGUGGAAACCAGUGAAGAGCUCAUCCCACUGCUCAUGCUCUUAAGCCUGGCCUUUGCUGCCCCAGCUGCUUCUAUUAUGGUCGGGGAAGGCAUCGUAUACUGUCUCCAGUCCAAGCUGAAAAGCCGCACUAACGCAGAGGGCAGCAUCAAUGCUGGAGGCUGCAACUUCAACUCUUUCCUGCGCCGGACUGUCCGCUUUGUUGGAGUCCAUGUGUUUGGCCUGUGCGCCACAGCCCUGGUCACUGACAUCAUCCAGUUGGCCACAGGCUACCAUGCCCCCUUCUUCUUGACGGUAUGCAAGCCCAAUUACACCUUGCUCGGCAUUUCCUGUGACUCCAACCCUUACAUCACCCAGGACAUCUGUUCUGGCCAGGAUACCCAUGCCAUCCUCUCUGCCAGGAAGACCUUCCCAUCCCAGCACGCCACCCUUUCGGCUUUCGCAGCUGUCUAUGUAUCGAUGUACUUUAACUCCAUCAUCUCAGAUAGCACCAAACUGCUCAAACCCAUCCUGGUCUUUGCCUUUGCCAUUGCCGCGGGGGUCUGUGGCCUUACCCAGAUCACCCAGCACCGAAGCCACCCCAGUGACGUCUACAGUGGCUUCCUCAUCGGCGCGGGCAUUGCUGCCUAUCUGGCCUGCCACGCUGUGGGUAACUUCCAGGCCCCUCUGGAGAAGCCCCCAGCCCCCCCACCGGCCAAGGAUGCUCUGCGAGCCCUGACCCAGAGAGGCCAUGACUCGGUGUACCACCAGAACAAAUCAGUCAGCACCGAUGAGCUGACCCCCCAGACGCGAUUAGAGGGGGUGCCCCGCCCUGUGCCCCGGGAGAAGACGUCUCUGGGCAGCCUCAAGAGAGCCAGCGUGGACGUGGAUCUCCUGGCCCCUCGGAGCCCCAUGGGCAAAGAGAACAUGGUAACCUUCAGCAACACCCUGCCUCGGGUCAACACCCCUUCCCUGGACGACCCUGCCCGGCGCCACAUGACCAUCCACGUGCCCCUGGAUGCCUCCCGCUCCAAGCAGCUCAUCACUGAAUGGAAGCAGAAGUCGCUGGAGGGGGGCCGGGCCCUGGCUCUGGCUGAGGAGGUUGGACCGGGACAUCUCCGGGGGGCUGCUGAGCCCAUGGCUGAGGAAGAAGAGGAAGAGGAGGAGGAGGAAGAAGAGGAAGAGGAGGAGGAGGAAGAGGGGGGGCCCAUCCCACCCUCCCUGUACCCUACCGUCCAGGCGCGGUCAGGGGCUGAGAGGGCAGGGCUGGGGCCCCGGGUGCUCCUGCCACCACGGGCAGGCGCGCCUCCCUUAGUGCACAUCCCGGAGGAGACUCAGGCUACGGCCAGUAGCCCCGCAAGCGCCAGCCUCUCCCCCAAGAGCAGCUCAGCCGUGCGCGCCAAGUGGCUCAUGAUGGCCGAGAAAGGGGGAGCCUCUGUCACGGCGCCCCCACGGGUGGCCAACCCGCCCCGGCUCCUGCAAGUCAUCGCCAUGUCCAAGGCGCCGGGCAUGGGCCCCGGGGGUCCGCCGGGCCCGAAGACAGCGGAAACAGCGUCGUCCUCGAGCGCCAGCUCCGACUCCUCCCAGUACCGCUCGCCCUCCGAGCGGGACAGCGGCAGCAUCGUCACCAUCGAUGCCCACGCCCCCCACCACCCUGUGGUGCACCUCUCCUCCGGCAACGGGCCGUGGGAGUGGAAGGCAGCUGCCGGGGCCAAAGGGGCCGAGCUUGGGGCUGAUCCCUAUGAGCUGGGGGAGCUGGCGGGCCGCGAUUACCGCGGUGGGGGCAGCUUCCGGGCCAGCAAGGCCCCUGGGGUGUCCCCCGGAUCUUCCAUCAGUGACGUGGACCAGGAUGAGCCGCCGCGUUUCACCGGCGUCGCCACCGUCAACCUGGCCACGGGCGAGGGCAUGCCUACCCCCGGGGAAGGGGUGCUGGGGCCGGCCAGCAGGGAGUCCACGCUCCGCCGCAAGCCCGGCAGCCUGACGCUGUCCGAAAGGGACGGCCACGGAGAGGCCGAGGCUGAGGGUUACUACAAGAAGAUCCCGGCUGGCCGCCGCUUUAAGGACUAGGAGCCCGCCCUGGCGGCCUGAAUCCCGGCUCUCCCUGGCCCAGGGAGAGGCUGUCUCGCCGUGCUUAGGGCACGGAGCCAGGCAUUCGCGCUGUGGGCAUUCCUGUUGCCCAGGGGACCAGAGGUGGCAAGGAUGGGGCAGGGGAUGGAGUGGGCUGGGGAGGGAAAUUUGCUUCCAACACUGGCCUCCCUAGCUCUUGGGGCCUUUAGGCAUGGGGGGAAGGGGUGAUACCAAACCCCCUGAUGGGGUGGGCAUGGGCACAGUGGACUGUAUCAAAGGGAUAACUGUAAAUAGGAAAUGGUGGGGAGGGGAGGAAGGGGGAGGGUGGAGUAGGAACUUGGGGCCCUACUCCUGGGGUAGCAUGGGUGUGGGUGGGUGAGGGAACACGGGGCUAGAAGGCAGAGUCCAGCAUUGAUUGUAAGAUACUAUACAAUACAGGGUUUGUUGAAAAAUAAAGAUUUACAAACACCAUAUUCUGUGUCCUGAGAAAUUUCCCUUCCCAUUCUCCAUUCUGGCUCUGGGACCUCAAGGAUGCUAGAGGUAGAGACCCUGGGGUCUUCUAUUCAUUCCCAAUACUGGUCAGAUGGAUAGCACCUUUCCUCAGUGUCAUUUAUUUGAAGGACACAACUUUCCUUCUCAGUGUUACAGAAAGGUGACUGAUCUCCCAAACCCCUCUAAUAAAAGACAAAAAAUCAGCUUCACAAAUACAGAAUGGAGAAAUGUAGCUAGGCAAUAGUUCAUUUAAAAAAGAUCUGCAGGCUCCUUUGGUGGUAGCAAAGAAUUGGAAAAGGAGUGGACACCCAUCAAUUGGGAUAGAACUGAACAAAUUGUGGUACAUGAAGGUAACAGAAUAUUAUUGUGCUAUAAAAAAAUAAUGAACAAGCUGAUUUUAGAAAGGCCUGGAAAGAUUUACAUGAACUGAUGCUGAGCAUUAUACACAAUACAUUGUACAUAAUAACAAUGUAUACAAUAUAUUGUACCAGGAAUACAUUGUAGAAUGUACAAUGAUCAGCUAUGAAAGGCUUGGUUCCUCUCAGUGGUUCAGUGAGCCAAAGAUAUCCCAAUAGACUUUGGACAGAAAAUGCCAUCUGUAUCCAGAAAAAAAACUAAGGAAACUGGUUGUAAAUCAGCACAUGCUAUAUUCAAUUUUUUCUGUUUUUUUUUUUAAUUUCUCCCAUGAUUUUUUCCUUUUGCUCUGAUUUUACUCUCCCAACAUAAUUCAUAAAACAAUGUGUGUUAAAAAUAAACUAAAAAAAUUAAGAAAAACAUUUUUUAACGAUCUGCAUGUAUUAGUGUGCCACAAAUUUAGUACGAGUCAAUGAUAUUAUGGCAGCCAAAAAAAUUUAAAAAUUAAAAAACAGUUAAUACUAUCCUACCAUCAUUCCUAGCCUUGAAAAAUGGCUUUGUCACAGCAAAGGGCCCCAGCUCUGGAGGCUGAUCUCAAUGCAAGAGCAUCAGGCUCUUUUUUUCUGAUACAUUAUCCCCACACCAAAGUACAGCUCUGGGAAAAACCCUUAAAAUUUGCCCAACUCCUUCUUGAGGUCCCUCCAAAAGGGACUAAAAGGUCUCUUCUAGAAGGGUGUUCAUUGUACAAAACAGGUCUGCUAUUUACUACUCCAAAAUAAAAGAAAUAUUUAAAACAAAAGAUAAAAAAUCAUGUUAACAAAUACUUAAAAGAGUGAAACAUUAACUCAUCCCUGGGAGAGCUAUAAUCUUUAAGAUUAAGUACAGUACCAAGCACAGCGAAAUUGUUUAAUAAAUCUAUUCAUUGACUUAAGUUUUUACUAUAUAUCCUGUCUUGACAAUCAAUGUUUAGCUUGUAAGGAAAUCAUGUUUUCUUUGAAUAUUAAUAUUUUUGCUUCUCUUCCUCCAGAUUGUCCUUGAGUUCAUUUAUUUGCAUUUCCAUUCAGUUAUUCUCUUUUAAAAUUCUGUGAUGAGACUUGCUAGCAUGGAUUCAAAUUUUGUUUUGUUUUCUCUUCUGCCAAUUAUUUCUGCUGGGCAGGCUAUAAAUUUUGUUUUCAUGACUCUUAUUUCUUCUUUCUACCACUCAGGAAUAAUGUAUUGUCAUUCCACACUCUCUUUAUUCUGCUCAUCAAAUAUAAAUUUAUCUACCUUGAGAUUUUUAUUCACAGAUGUCAGUUAAUAAACAUUUACAUACAAGUUAAGGAA